AUGACUUGUAACAGAGAAUGGUACCCCAACUUCUCUGUGACCACACGGGUUUGCACCAAUUUUUCAGAGUAUGAUAGCUGCGUGGGCCACCCGCAGUUUUCUAAGCGUAAAGGUCGGGGAUCCAUCAAGGGUCGUCAAUACCGUGAUCCAGUUCGCUUGCAGCAGCGUGGUGGACCUCCAGGGCGGUUUGGCCCGGGACCUCGCAGCAGGUUACAGAAUGCCUCUGUUGAUAUGUCUGUAGAUGAUCAGCCUGGGACAUUCCAACAGAGUUUUGUUCCGUAUGGAAAGAAUAGCCGGAGAGGAUUCGGCGCAAUAGAUGCAGGGAGAGGAGGAGGGAAAAAAUGGUUCAAAAUUACAAUACCACAUGGACAAAAGUAUGAAAAGAAAUGGCUGCUAACAGCACUGCAGAAACAUUGUCCCAUACCGUUCACCCCACUACAUUAUGCCACAGAUGGACUUCAAGUGCAUUUCUUUGUGGAGGGUGGAGCCACUGCCAGCGCCCUGUGUAAACUCUCAUGCAGAAUCACAGACACUGAAGGACACAAGUCGAAGGAUAGUCCUGAUCCUGAUGUGCUGCACGACACCUUUGAAGAAUUUGCCCCACAGUCUUUGACAUUGAGGAAGCAGACGGAGGCCAUCUCCCACAUCAUGCCUCGCCUGCGUUCUGGACAACUCCAUCCCCCGGUGGAGGGCCGGGAGGGAAAUCUCUUGUCGCAACCUGCCCGGACCGUGGUACCCACAAUGCCAGGAAAAAAAGAGAGCAGUUUCCUCACUCCUUCGACUCCUGACAGGUCUGUUCUGGCGAGUCUAGAGGAGCAAGAAAUUAUCAGUGUCUCAGUUCCUCAAAUGGGCACACAGUCUAUGCCCAAGGAUAAUUUUAAGAUCACCAUCGUGUGUAAGUAUUACAGUGUCAAUGUGGCAGAUCUGUUACAGUUGGAUCCACAAUUCUGCUCUCAGUUGCUAAGCAGGGAUGUGAGGAAGGAGAAGCUUCCACCCCUCGUGACCUUGAUGGUACUAGUCAUCCAAGGUGGUGGAAUGGCGUCAUUCGAGGUGGUUGUGUUUAUGAGUCAUUGUUCCACUCCCCCUUUCCUUCAGAGCGAGCUGAAACAUCAAGAUGUGGAACAUUUAAAGGACACCCAUGUGCUUCCACCUCCCAUCGGCUUUGAUGUGAAAACAAGCACCACGAUUCCUCCCUGCAAGGGCAGCCACUUUGUAUCAGAAGAAAUCAAGGGCUUCAUUCAGGGUUUCCUGCAACAUUAUUAUAGUGUUUACGACUCUGGGGACAGACAGCCACUGCUGCUGGCAUACCAUGACGGUUCCUGCUUCUCUCUCACUGUACCACCCAUAUACAAUCCCUUCAGGUACGGCUUGGGAGAGUACCAUAAAGACAGCCGCAACAUCAUCAAAGUCAAAGAUCUCUCCAAACAGACCCGCAUGCUAAAGCACUCCCGGGUGAAUGUGGUUGCCUUUCUUAAUAACCUGCCACAAACACAGCAUGACAUGGCUUCAUUUACUGUGGACGUUAAUACAUACACGAAAACUUUAUUAAUGUUCACAGUGAGUGGAGUAUUCAAAGAGGUUGAUGGUGCUUCGAGAGACUCUGUCAAGGUGUUCUCCAGAGUCUUCAUCACAGUUCCAGCUCAAAAUUCUGGUUUGUGCAUUGUGAACGACGAGCUCUUUGUGAGGAACGCCACUAGAGACGAGAUUCAUCGAGCAUUUGCUGCACCGGCCCAGACCCCUUCCAGCAGUUCUGUUCCCACCCUCAAUGCAUCUCAGCAGGAAAUGUUGUUUGCCUUCGCUUCCAACUCGCAAAUGAACCUGGAAUGGUCAAAGAAGUGUCUGCAGGAUAAUGGCUGGGAUUUUAAUAGAGCAGCUCAGGUCUUCAUGGUUCUGAAGGUUCAAGGGAAGAUCCCACAGGCUGCUUUCAUAAAGUGA